CCCGCCCAUCAAUUCUUUUACAUUCCAAACGCCAUCUCAAUUUCUCUUCCGAUCCCUCGUUCCUCUUUGUCGAUCGCGAUCUCCCAUGGCGCCCAAGGCUGCCGAGAAGAAGCCGGCGGAGAAGAAGCCCGCCGCCUCUGACAAGCCGGCAGAGGAGAAGGAGAAGAAGGCCGCUGCUGAGAAGGCCCCGGCGGAGAAGAAGCCCAAGGUCGGCAAGCGCCUCCCAUCCAAGGACAGCUCCGCUGCCUCCGGCGACAAGAAGAAGAAGAAGACGAAGGCGAAGAAGGGAUCCGAGACCUAUAAAAUCUACAUCUUCAGGGUGCUCAAGCAGGUUCACCCGGACAUCGGGAUCUCCAGCAAGGCCAUGUCCAUCAUGAACUCCUUCAUCAAUGACAUCUUCGAGAAGCUCGCCCAGGAGGCGGCCCGCCUGGCUCGCUACAACAAGAAGCCGACCAUCACCUCCCGCGAGAUCCAGACCUCCGUCCGCCUCGUUCUUCCGGGUGAACUCGCGAAGCAUGCCGUCUCCGAAGGCACAAAGUCCGUCACCAAGUUUACCAGUUCUUGAAUUGACCUACUUCAAUUGGUUCUCCGCUGAUCCUGCCUCUGAUCUCGAUAUCUAGGGUUUUUCUUGUUGGCUGUGUUACUUUCUUGGUAGUUUCUCAGUAGCUUGUCGAUCAUGUAACAUUCUACUUCUCGUUUUUUAUUAGUCAUAAUUCUCUUGAAUUUAA